AUGGUGGAUCAAUAUCAGAAUAGAGUGGAAUCGUUCCAUGAUGAUGCUGCAUCUCAUGUUGUAAUGAACAACAAUGGUAAUUAUACCACUGCUUCCGAGUGCAAUUGCCCCAUAAUGACGAUUAGUAAUUUUGAAACGAUGAGUCCUAAACAACAGCAACGUUAUGAAUAUCUCGUGAAUCAAUUAAUGAAAAAUUAUGGAAAAUUCACUUGUUGUGGAUGGCAUGAAUGGUUGCAAGAGCAUGUUGAAAUGAUGGAACCCAAGAAUGGCCAUGAUGAAUCGAUAUUCGUCCGAAUGAAACAAAUACAGAGAUACAUGUCUGUAAAUUUUGCAAUGACUCCUAGGUCGAAUAGCGUGUCCAGUAACAAUGAAAAUGUUGCUUCUUAUACGAUUGUAAAGAGAAUUGGAUUAAUUCACUUUCUCAAACCACAAACACUCAAGAAAACGAAACUAGAUCAAUUCCUCAAUUUUUUGUCAUCGGAAGAAUUUGGAGCGAAGGCAAUAACUUUUCCUCCACUCAUAGUAGUUUAUUGGUACACUAAAUAUCAACGUGAGAGUCUUAUUUUAAAUUGUGCACAAUAUAAAGAGGCAGAUUGGAAAUUUACAGAGAUUGGAUUAGAGAGGAAUGCUCUGUUAUUGAAAUAUCCACAAAAAAUUGAGAAGAAAAUUAAUAAUGGUGACAUUUCUCAAGAAGAGCUUGAUGAAUAUUAUCCAAAAAGAAUUAAUCUAACUCCAAUGACAAUUCACGAGUUGGAAAUACAUGGCUUGUGCAUUCACAAAGCGUCCUUUCAAAACAAUGUCGUGUAUCAUGUUCAAUGUGGUGAAGAAAUUUAUUGGAGCUUUGUGGAUGAUGUAUUUGCGGCUAAUUUGUGUCAUUUCCUCAUUUCGUUAUUUUCCAUCCAAUAUCCCAGGAGAAGAUUUCCAUUGUUUGAUUAUUCAUUGCUAGCCACAAAUCAAGAAAUCAAUCAUUUAUGCCGUACAAUUGCUGUUAGUGAUGAUGACGACAUUCACGCUGUGAUGUAUGACUCAUCGAUAGCGAUUGCAAUGACCAUGAAUCAGUGA